AAAAAUUUAAACGCAACACAGCAAAUAUGAUUACAUUCAGCUCAAUGCGGUGUGUUGUAGACGUAUAAUGGCUUUAGUCGAAUCGAGAGCAGUCAGGACAUUUAGCAAGGGUUAAAUUAGAAAAUUAAUUAAUAAUAGAUUUUUUAGCGAAUGAUAUAAGUUUUGAGGGGGUACAGAGUUGUACCAGUUUUAUCCUGACUAGACCUGGGGGACACAGUGAAAAUGUUUGGACUCCAUUUUGUUUUAGCCCCUAUGCUGCUGAUGUCAGUGGUAGAUGGCUUAGAUUUGCAACUGAAAGGUACAUUUAAUUUUAGGCUUUCACAUUAAGUCAAGAAUUAUCUUAAUAUCAAACUAACUUAGGAUUUACGUUUACACUCACACACAAUUGACUGUAAGUUAAAAUAUGAUUUUUUUUCUGCGACUAUUAUUUACUAUUUUAGUAAAUCUCGUACCUCAAUCUUCACUUUUUCCUUUCGUCCGAUGGAUUGAAAUUUUUGCAUAACUACACAAUCCUGGUAACAAUACAAGCUACAAGAUCUCAAUUUUGACUCACUUCCUGAUUUCAAAUCGUACGCGUACUCACCCCGAUGACAAUGCAACCCUUCUUGGUCAGUAGGUCACCAGUGACCCCCCACUGCCCAUCGAGUGACCUCUGCGUGUUAAAUCUAGCAUUUAUGUUUUGACUCACUUCCUGAUCUCAUAUUGAGCUGAAACUUUGUUACUUGGGAAUAAAUUAAACAAUAUUUUUUUUUUAAAGUAAAAAAACAACAACAACAACACGCUCAUUCAAAAAUAUACUGAAACGUAUACAACUUCAGAGUUGUUUCAGAUAUAUCACUAAAAAACAACGCGUGGAGAACCCAUGAGAUACAACUAUGCUGUAUGACUUCUUAUCAGGUUGCUCUAUCUGUUUGUAACUUCGCGUGUGGUCUUGCAUUCAAAUUGUGAAUGACUUCAUGAUCUUCAAUUGAAGCCACACAAAGAACUUUGAGCAUACUGGCGGCUCGCGCAUUUUUAAAAUCCUCUCCCCUGGCUGUGUGAUGGAUGUGCCAAACUUGUGCUUGUUUUUUUGUUUUUUUUUAUUUUUCCCCAAGGAGUAAUCAAUAAAUGCCUCGAUCUGGAAUGCGACAAUGGUGGGGUGUGUAAGGUCCAGGGCUACGACGCGUACUGCGUGUGCCGGCCAGGCUGGACUGGAACAAAUUGUCAUAUAAAAAGCAAGUAACACAUGAUUUUAGGUUUCACCCUUUUGUGUUAAAGUGCGUAUCUCUGGUGUCAAUUUUGUGUCAAAGUGCAUAAAUCUGGUUUCAAUUUUGUGUUCAAGUGCAUAACUCUGAUGUUAAUUUUGUGUAAAAGUGUAUAACUCUGAUGUUAAUUUUGUGUAAACGUGUAUAACUCUGAUGUUAAUUUUGUGUAAAAGUGUAUAACUCUGAUGUUAAUUUUGUGUAAAAGUGUAUAACUCUGAUGUUAAUUUUGUGUUCAAGUGCAUAACUCUGAUGUUAAUUUUGUGUUCAAGUGCAUAACUCUGAUGUUAAUUUUGUGUAAAAGUGUAUAACUCUGAUGUUAAUUUUGUGUAAAAGGGAAUAACUCUGAUGUUAAUUUUGUGUAAAAGUGUAUAACUCUGAUGUUAAUUUUGUGUAAACGUGUAUAACUCUGAUGUUAAUUUUGUGUAAAAGUGUAUAACUCUGAUGUUAAUUUUGUGUAAAAGUGUAUAACUCUGAUGUUAAUUUUGUGUAAACGUGUAUAACUCUGAUGUUAAUUUUGUGUAAAAGUGUAUAACUCUGAUGUUAAUUUUGUGUAAAAGUGUAUAACUCUGAUGUUAAUUUUGUGUUCAAGUGCAUAACUCUGAUGUUAAUUUUGUGUUCAAGUGCAUAACUCUGAUGUUAAUUUUGUGUAAAAGUGUAUAACUCUGAUGUUAAUUUUGUGUAAACGUGUAUAACUCUGAUGUUAAUUUUGUGUAAAAGUGUAUAACUCUGAUGUUAAUUUUGUGUUCAAGUGCAUAACUCUGAUGUUAAUUUUGUGUAAACGUGUAUAACUCUGAUGUUAAUUUUGUGUAAAAGUGUAUAACUCUGAUGUUAAUUUUGUGUAAAAGUGUAUAACUCUGAUGUUAAUUUUGUGUAAACGUGUAUAACUCUGAUGUUAAUUUUGUGUAAAAGUGUAUAACUCUGAUGUUAAUUUUGUGUUCAAGUGCAUAACUCUGAUGUUAAUUUUGUGUUCAAGUGCAUAACUCUGAUGUUAAUUUUGUGUAAAAGUGUAUAACUCUGAUGUUAAUUUUGUGUAAAAGGGAAUAACUCUGAUGUUAAUUUUGUGUAAAAGUGUAUAACUCUGAUGUUAAUUUUGUGUAAACGUGUAUAACUCUGAUGCUAAUUUUGUGUAAACGUGUAUAACUCUCAUGUUAAUUUUGUGUAAAAGUGUAUAACUCUGAUGUUAAUUUUGUGUAAACGUGUAUAACUCUGAUGUUAAUUUUGUGUAAACGUGUAUAACUCUCAUGUUAAUUUUGUGUAAAAGUGUAUAACUCUGAUGUUAAUUUUGUGUAAAAGUGUAUAACUCUGAUGCUAAUUUUGUGUAAAAGUGUAUAACUCUCAUGUUAAUUUUGUGUAAACGUGUAUAACUCUCAUGUUAAUUUUGUGUAAACGUGUAUAACUCUGAUGUUAAUUUUGUGUAAAAGUGUAUAACUCUGAUGUUAAUUUUGUGUAAAAGUGUAUAACUCUCAUGUUAAUUUUGUGUAAACGUGUAUAACUCUGAUGUUAAUUUUGUGUAAAAGUGUAUAACUCUGAUGUUAAUUUUGUGUUCAAGUGCAUAACUCUGAUGUUAAUUUUGUGUUCAAGUGCAUAACUCUGAUGUUAAUUUUGUGUAAACGUGUAUAACUCUCAUGUUAAUUUUGUGUAAACGUGUAUAACUCUGAUGUUAAUUUUGUGUAAAAGUGUAUAACUCUGAUGUUAAUUUUGUGUAAACGUGUAUAACUCUCAUGUUAAUUUUGUGUAAACGUGUAUAACUCUGAUGUUAAUUUUGUGUAAAAGUGUAUAACUCUGAUGUUAAUUUUGUGUAAACGUGUAUAACUCUCAUGUUAAUUUUGUGUAAACGUGUAUAACUCUGAUGUUAAUUUUGUGUAAAAGUGUAUAACUCUUGUGUUAUCGACCUCAUUGUAAGUAAAAACUGUUCCAAAAGUAACUCGAAAAGAUCAAACGUCUUGUAGGGAAAUGAAAUAAAAUUUGAGAUAAAGAAGAAUUCGCUCGAAAUAAAAUUCAAGAUGUUGGAUAGGUUGAAAUCUAGCAAGGUUGAUUAAAAGAAUGUUAUUUGUAGUGGGGGCAAUCAUUGGGGUUGUUUUCGGGGAAAUGGUGUGGCAAGGCAAUCUUGGAAUUUUACUUUGCAAUCUUUAGAUUUUUCAUGGCAAAUGUAUUUUGUUGAUGGCAACGCUGCAUUUUAUUUUAGCAUGUAAAAAAUUAUGUUCCAGCAACGGAUAAAUCUUGUCCAUUAACGUGUUUCAACGAAGGGAUCUGCACAAUUGUCAACGGGGAGCCUCAGUGUGUGUGCCCAGAUAGCUACACAGGGGAAAGGUGUCAAUUUUCGGGCAAGUAAAUGCACACUUAAAGCAAUACAAAAGAGAAAACAAAAAAUUCCAAUGUAAAGAGCAUGAGAAGUAUGACAAGCCCUGGUGGAGGAUUCACAAAAUUACUUGGUACUUAUCAAUGUAGAAACAGACUAUGGGGCAUAAUCUAAUUAACACUCCGUAACAAGCAACUCACAUCAAAUCAUUUAAUCAUCAAUCCAAUGCUGUGUUAUUGAGGCAAAAAGAUGAACGUCGCUAAUUUUAAAAUGGGAAAAUGUGUUUAUAAGAAUUGAAGGACUGCACUAAAGCUAUUGGAAUGAAAUAGUAGAACAAGGUAUGUUGAAGAUUGAUGAGUACGUUGAAGAUUGAUGAGUACGUUGAAGAUUGAUGAGUAUGUUGAAGAUUGAUGAGUACGUUGAAGAUUGAUGAGUACGUUGAAGAUUGAUGAGUAUGUUGAAGAUUGAUGAGUACGUUGAAAAUUGAUGAGUAUGUUGAAGAUUGAUGAGUACGUUGAAGAUUGAUGAGUAUGUUGAAGAUUGAUGAGUACGUUGAAGAUUGAUGAGUAUGUUGAAGAUUGAUGAGUAUGUUGAAGAUUGGUGAGUGUGUUGAAGAUUGAUGAGUAUGUUGAAGAUUGAUGAGUAUGUUGAAGAUUGAUGAGUAUGUUGAAGAUUGAUGAGUAUGUUGAAGAUUGAUGAGUAUGUUGAAGAUUGAUGAGUAUGUUGGAGAUUGAUGAGUAUGUUGAAGAUUGAUGAGUAUGUUGAAGAUUGAUGAGUAUGUUGAAGAUUGAUGAGUAUGUUGAAGAUUGAUGAGUAUGUUGAAGAUUGAUGAGUAUGUUGAAGAUUGAUGAGUAUGUUGAAGAUUGAUGAGUAUGUUGAAGAUUGAUGAGUAUGUUGAAGAUUGAUGAGUAUGUUGAAGAUUGAUGAGUAUGUUGAAGAUUGAUGAGUAUGUUGAAGAUUGAUGAGUAUGUUGAAGAUUGAUGAGUAUGUUGAAGAUUGAUGAGUAUGUUGAAGAUUGAUGAGUAUGUUGAAGAUUGAUGAGUAUGUUGAAGAUUGAAUCGAAAGACAGGACAGUACGACGUGUACGUUUCCGCUUAGAGCCUCCUUCGGGGAUCAGGACAAUGGAAAAUACAAGAAACAGAGAACAGUAAACAAAACUUUAGAUGUCUUCUUUGUUGUUGCCGGAAGUAGAAUACAGGAAGUGAACGUAUAUAAAUAUUGAUACUGCGAAAAAAGAAGGACCAAAAUCUUAAGGGACCAAAUAUUUAGGGCUACAUAAAAUUCUAGUAAUUAAAAAAAAAAAAAGAUAAACAUACAGGGAAAUUGAGAAACAUUAGUAGGAGAGAGUAUUUGAUGCGGACCUUAAGGAGAUAGGAGAAUCUGGAAUAUAUUUGUUUUCCAUUUUAACUCUCUCUGGUUUUAUUGGUGCAGGCAAUCAGUGCCGUGAACGAUUUUUUAAGAACUAAAUUAAAAAUGUCCAUUGCUUUUUGGAAUCUCAGUUCCUCAUUGCAAUGCAGCAACUGCCAACCCUCCGCAGCCCACCACAGUAUUUUUUUAUUUAAAAAAAAAUAAGACAUUAAAUAAAAACUGACACCAUGGAUAUAUGAUGCUAUAAGAUGAAAUUGAUUGAAUAGAGACUAUAUGCGUAGCUGUGGAAUCUGUAAGUAAAAAUCUAUUCCAAUGGCAUCGCUCUUAAAGUUUACAAUUAUACAUGUGACGGAUUGUUUUAAACGUUCUCUCUUUUAGUUCCGAGGUCAGGCUGUGCCUACUACAUAUGCAAAAAUGGCGGGCAAUGUAAGCUUGCGGACGGGUUCCCCCGCUGCAAAUGUGCGUCAGGAUUUACAGGAACCUACUGUGACUGUAAGUAUAACAUCGCUCGAAUUUUAGUGUUUUCUACUAUUGUCAUAACCAAAGGCAAUAACGAGGGCGGUACAUACGCAUCAUGAUAAUGGUCGUACAGAUGUUACUGUACUCACACCAGUUUGAGGUUCACGCAUGGAGGCGGCAAGCCAUGGACCGAUCCGAAUGGAAGGAUGUGGUGAAGCAGGUGAGGACCCUUCAUGGGCUGCAGCGCCACUGAUGGUGAUGAGAUGUCCCUGAGCAAAGUUACAUAAAGUGUCUAAUAUGCGUCACGAGCUGUUGUUGUUGUUAAUAUUGUUGUUGUUUUCUUCUGUUGUAUUUUUUAAUUUUUUAAAAUUUAACAUUAACCAAAGCCUUGACAAUUUUUUCCCUAAUACCAGUGGAAGACUUCUGCGCCACAUUCGAAUGUUACAAUGGCGGUUUGUGUAAAAAUCUCGCUGACAGAGGCCAGUGCACUUGCCCGCCAUGUGUGUACGGUGAGCAAUGCGACCGAUUCAGAAGGUUUUGCGACCUUGGGGAUCUAGAAUGAUGAAAAUAAUGCUGGUGGAUACAACACUGAAAGGAAGCAGCUUUUUCCGGAGCGACGCCGAAUCGACUUUUUUUUAAUAAAGAAAGCAAAAUGAGAGCCUAAGCGGGGUGAUUCAGAGAUGAUGAUUAAACUUCUCGGAAAUGUCUCGAUGACGCUUGGUGUUUUCACUUUCACAUCAGACAUAUUUCGAG